AUGGCCAUUCUAAGGGGUAGAAGCGAGCACGAGGAGCCGGGCGUGCCGGGCGCGGGGCGAUGCUCUGCAGCAGACACCCACGAAGUGAGGAAGGGGGAAGGCGACCACUGGGGGCCCGACCGACCCUCCCCGCCAGCGGCGAGGACGACCGACCGCCCACGUCUGUUCCCGAGGGGCGCAGUGCGCCGCGGCGGCGUGGAGGAGCGAGGGGGCGACCCCCGUCGUGGGCCCGACGUGGGUCCGGGGACGGCCGACGCGCCCUCGCGUCCACCCGCCGAGGGACCCGACCCGCGCUCGGGCGAGACCACCGGGACUCCCCUCGCCCAGCAACGACGUCGGCGGACAGAGGGCAGCUACGCGCAACGCAGCGGGGCCGGGCGGGCGGGGAAGCGAGACGCACCGGGGCGCGCGCCCAGGGAUCGGCAGACGAACGGACGGAGAGGGGCACCGACGGCGGAAGCGGUGGGCCGCGCGCCACCGCGAGGGGCCCCGGGGCAAUUGGAAACCACCCGGACGCAGUCGGCCUCCGGGCCCGCCCCGGGGUCUCAGCGCCUGAGGUCUCAGCACCGGGUGGGGGGAGCUCCCGCGGCGCCCAGGAUGUCGGCCCCGGGCCGCUCGCGGGGCCCGCGCCCGCGCGCCCCAACCCGCAGCGCCGCGGGGGCCCGGGAGGAAGCUCUCCCGCCGCAUCCCCGCGCCCCUCUCGCCACCCGCCAGGCCCAGCUCCCCGCCUCGGGGCCCGAGGGCCCUCCGCCAGGGGACGCCAGCAGCAGGGAGGCCUGGGACGACACCCACGGCCCCGGACAGCGGAGGGGGCGCGGGCGGGCACCCGUGCGGGGCGGGGGAACAGCGGGCAGCGAGGGCCGCGGGACCGGGCCCCGAGGGAGCGACACGGCCGGGCCAGCAAGACAGCAAGCGCGGGCCCCACCGCCACACGCGGGGGCGCUCCCGGGACGCCGGCCACCCCCGGAGCCCCCACGCCCCGGCCUCGCCGCCCGGCCUGCGUGCCCCGCGCCACCGCGUGCAGCGGAGGGGCCAGGACACCGUCCCCGGCAGAUCGGCCCUCAUUGA